AUGUCGACUUACGGUGGCCGUCGGGGGCCGAAUGUCUCCCAGUAUCUCCGACAUCUAAACACCAUUCCUACCGAGAGUCCAACCGACGACGCGUUCAUUGAUGACGAUCUCAGCCUCUUCACGAACACUCGAUUCUUUGAUAUUGAGUCGGGUCAGACAACAGACUUCCAGGCUCCCCCGGUCAAGCCGGAAAGCGAGCAGGUCUCUGCUCCUACUGAAAACUUGAAUUCCGCGUCUCCAGUUGGUGAUUUGACGGGCAUCGAUUUCAUAUCAGAUUUCAACUUUCCCGAUUUCUCUUCGUAUCAAGCGUCAACACUCAAUCCUGGUUUUGCAGAUGCGCUCCCUAUGCAGCCUCUCCAGCCUUCGGCUCAGGUAUUCUCGACGCCCGUUCCACAACAGCAGCAGCAGCAACAGCAACAGCCUACCACCUUCGUUCAAACCCAGUCGCGCAUCGGUGACAAGAGGAAAUCGGAAUCUUUAGACAACUCGGGUCAGUUGAGUUUUGAAGAGGCCUCCAGACUCGCAGCUGAGGAGGAUAAGCGGAGGCGCAACACGGCAGCUAGCGCGAGAUUCCGUAUCAAGAAGAAGCAACGCGAGCAGGCCCUGGAACGGACAGCGAAGGAAAUGUCGGAGAAGGUUACGGUUCUCGAAGGCAGGAUCCAACAACUAGAAACAGAGAACAAGUGGCUGAAGAACAUGAUUCUCGAGAAGAAUGGUGGGAGCGAGCAAAUAGCUUCGCUGUUAGAAAAGGGCCUCAGCGCCAAAGAUAAGACGGAAACGUCGAAGGCCGCGGAGCCUGUGAAGGCGGAGCUGUAA